AUGCCUCCCCGGCUAUGGCCAAGCUCCUUCUCUCACCUCUGGUCGCCUAAGAUCAUAAGAGCUUCUCCAUCCACCCCCCUUCACCACAGUCUCCUCCCCAGAACCUCCGUACGUCUAGCUUCCCAAAGGGGCCCCCAACGCACACAGUACAACCGCUUCGGAAACAUCCAGAUCCUCUACAGCCUGUGGAGAACAUCCCCUAAUUUCCGCUAUGGCGUCGGUGCCGUGGGCCUCAGCUCAGGAGGAUUCUACUAUUACAAUCUUGAGCAAGUCCCCGUAUCUGGUCGGCGGCGCUUCAACUGUAUAUCAACAGCCCGGGAAGAAAGUGUGGGCGAGUCAGGAUAUCGAAGGGUGAUCCAACAGUAUGGACAAGACAUUCUACCGCCCGAUCACCCUCACUCGAGGAUGGUAAAUAAGGUGCUAGGAAGACUGAUACCAGCCGCUGGACUGGAAAGGCAGAAGUGGGAUGUAAAGGUCAUAGAUGACCCAGAGGAGAAGAACGCGUUUGUCUUGCCCGGAGGCAAAGUCUUCGUCUUCAGCGGCAUACUCCCCAUCUGCGCCGGUGAAGACGGCCUAGCAGCCGUCCUAGGUCACGAAAUAGCGCACAACGUCGCUCAUCACACCUGCGAAAAGAUGAGCCAAAUGGCCUUCCUAAUCCCUUUCGCGCUACUACUCACUUGGAUUCUCGACAUAUCAGUCCAAGACUCCGGAUUCAUACUGGACGUCGCGCUCGAGCGGCCAGGCUCCCGGAAGAUGGAAUCAGAAGCGGAUUACAUCGGACUUCUAAUGAUGGCGCAGGCGUGCUACGAUCCUAGCGUCGCCGUAGGAGUUUGGGAGCGUAUGGCGAAAGAAGAGCAGUAUGCGCCGCCACAAAUCUUGAGUACGCAUCCGACGAGUAAGAACCGAAUGAAGGUGAUUCAGGAGUGGUUGCCGUAG